UUGUGCGCUUCUGUGAAGCUGAGCGCUUUUUCUUUUCUUUUCUUUUUUUGUUACAUGGAUACACUGACAUACUUUUUUUCCACAGGGUAUUCUGUUUUGUGUGGUUGUUGUACUUGUAGAAUAGAAAGAAGCUGGUUUAGUGAGCAGGAUCUCUUUCCUCUCAGUAAAGUUGGUAAAAGUGCGGUUCUGUGAGGAUACGUUCGUAUUUAUUCGGUUCUGUUCGGUUUUAUUCGGUUUGGAAGGGAUGACGAUGGGGACAUUACGCGACCUCCAGUAUGCGCUUCAGGAAAAGAUUGAAGAACUGAGGCAGAGAGACGCGCUCAUUGACGAACUGGAGCUCGAGCUGGACCAAAAAGACGAACUCAUUCAGAAACUGCAGAACGAACUGGAUAAGUACCGCUCCGUGAUCCGCCCGGCGACCCAACAGGUCCAGAGUCGGUCGGAGCUGCAGGAGCAUCAGCGCACCAAACGCCAGGCGAUAAGCGCCGAACCUGCCAACGUCCAGCAGCUGAGUCACGUGACGCUGUCAAACGUCCCCAAAAGCGCCAAGUCUAAGGAACUGAUCAAGUCAGCUAUCCUAGACAAUGACUUCAUGAAGAACCUGGAGAUGUCUCAGAUCCAGGAGAUAGUAGACUGUAUGUAUCCAGUGGACUAUGACAAAAACAGCUGUAUUAUUAAAGAGGGUGAUGUGGGCUCCCUCGUCUACGUCAUGGAAGAGGGGAAAGUUGAAGUGACUAAAGAAGGAUUGAAGUUGUGCACUAUGGGACCAGGAAAAGUGUUUGGAGAACUCGCCAUCCUUUAUAACUGCACCAGGACGGCCACUGUGAGAACUGUGACCAGUGUGAAGUUAUGGGCCAUCGACAGACAGUGCUUCCAAACCAUCAUGAUGAGGACGGGCCUCAUCAAACAUGCCGAAUACAUGGAGUUAGUAAAAAGUGUCCCAACAUUCCAAGAUCUUUCAGAGGAAAUACUGAGCAAGCUGUCUGAUGUACUUGAGGAGACACACUAUGAGGAUGGUGUUUACAUCAUUCGACAGGGUGCAAGAGGAGACACUUUCUUCAUUAUCAGUAAAGGAAAAGUGACUGUGACUCGAGAAGACUGUCCGGGUCAGGAUCCCAUCCACCUGCGUUCUCUGGGAAAGGGCGACUCGUUUGGGGAAAAAGCCUUACAAGGGGAGGAUAUCAGAACUGCCAACUUCAUUGCAGCAGAGACUGUCACCUGCCUUGUGAUUGACAGAGACUCGUACAAACACUUGAUUGGAGGUCUGGAAGAUGUGUCUAACAAAGGCUGUGAAGAUGCAGAGGCAAAAGCAAAAUACGAAGCAGAGAAUUCCUUCUUCUCAAACCUAAGCCUGUCUGACUUCAACAUUAUCGACACUCUUGGAGUUGGAGGAUUUGGACGGGUUGAACUGGUCCAGCUCAAGAGUGAUGAGGUGAAGACGUUUGCGAUGAAGAUCCUGAAGAAGCGUCACAUUGUGGACACGAGACAGCAGGAGCACAUCCGCUCUGAAAAACUCAUCAUGCAGGAGGCGCAUUCAGAUUUUAUUGUCAGACUCUACAGGACAUUUAAGGACAGUAAAUACCUCUACAUGCUGAUGGAGGCAUGUCUAGGCGGAGAAUUGUGGACAAUCCUCAGAGACAGGGGGAACUUUGAUGAUUCAACUACACGGUUUUACACAGCAUGUGUGGUGGAGGCGUUUGCUUACCUGCAUUCCAAAGGCAUCAUAUACAGAGACCUCAAACCAGAGAACCUGAUACUGGACCACAGAGGCUAUGCCAAACUGGUGGAUUUUGGCUUUGCUAAGAAGAUCGGCUUUGGGAAGAAGACAUGGACGUUCUGCGGUACUCCAGAGUAUGUGGCUCCAGAGAUCAUCCUGAACAAAGGACACGAUAUCUCUGCAGAUUACUGGUCUCUCGGUAUACUCAUGUACGAGUUACUGACCGGCAGUCCUCCUUUUUCAGGUCCUGAUCCAAUGAAAACAUACAACAUCAUUCUUAGAGGCAUUGACAUGAUAGAAUUCCCCAAAAAAAUCACCAAAAAUGCUGCCAAUCUCAUCAAAAAGCUAUGCAGAGAUGCUCCCUCUGAAAGACUAGGAAACUUGAAAAACGGUGUCAAAGACAUCCAAAAGCACAAAUGGUUUGAAGGGUUUAACUGGGACGGAUUGAGGAAGGGGACACUGACGCCCCCCAUCAUUCCCAAUGUAACAUCCUCCACAGACACCAGUAACUUUGACAGCUUUCCAGAGGACAAUGAAGAGCCUCCACCUGAUGAUAACUCAGGCUGGGAUAUAGACUUCUAAAAAGACUUUUAAACACAUGUGUAAACACACGCACACAGACACUCAACACAGCUCACAUGGGACUUUUGCCUGGGACAGACAUAAUUCCCUUGGACAAUGCUGCACUACUGUAUGGACUUGAUGAGAAAUUAAGAGAGAAAAUGGAUUUUGUCCAUCAUCAAAUUAAGUUCUUGUUGAGUAACUUUAAAUGACUGUAGACUUUAACAUUUUAAAAAUGAAUCUUGUGUGUGUGUGUGUGUGUGUGUGUGUGUGUGUGUGUGUGUGUGUGUGUGUGUGUGUGUGUGUGUGUGUGUGUGUGUGUGCGCGCUCACCUUUUACCCAUAAUAGCCACCUUUACUGUGAGGUAAUUGAGGAGGCAGUCCAUUUAGGGAAAAGGUUGUGACCUCAGUGCUUUGUUCUUCUCCCUGAUUGGCUGCAAACUCUUCAUUCACCAAUCUGUGUCCAGACUACUCUUAUUAAGACUAUCUAUGUGAAAACAAAACUGUAUGUCAAAGCUACAUGUCAAGGGAGUCCAGACAGACCUGAAUGUUACUAUUAGAGUAAUACUCAUUCAUUAGAGCACAUGUACAUAGUAGCAUAGAAUCACUAUUCCAAAAACACAUGCAUACGCUGCCGUUCUUGUCAUGUAUCGGUUAAUCUUUCACAUAAUACGUCAAUCAUAAAACCCUCAUGGAUAAGUUUCACCCCAAAGCCUGGUGCACAUUGUGCUUUUUUUCUGCUCAUUCAUCAGAGCGAAUCUGAGAUAAUUUCGAUAAUAUGUUCUUAACAUGAAGGCAUAUUCAUUCUGAAUACCACUAGGCUUGUGCACCAGGCUUUAAAUCGUCUCUGCAAACACACAAACAGAUAUCUUUAGUCGCAUUCUCUCGCCUCUCUUUGCCAUUAAUUUAUUGUCCAGUAGGAUGGCAAUUACAGUUUAUGAUAUUCUGAGACCUGUGAUGGUUUUCUCAAACUGUAAUCCCUUGAAAUGAUGUGCCUCAAAUUCAUAGCUCCAUUAAUAGAGUGUACUGUAUUUAUUGUCCCAGAUGCAUUUAUAAGGAGGAGGUAAGUAUUUUAAACCACUGUAAAUAGACAGAUUUUAAAUAGGAACAGGGUAGAGUCAAAACAGGAAAGGAACUGGGAUUGGUUUGCCUUUUACGGUCAUCUAUUAAACUCUUGUGCUCUUAGGACUAAUUUGAAUGCAGGUACAAUGUAAUCAUUUCUCCAGAGAUUCAGCUGUAUCAGAUCAUGGACAGUAUUAGUGCCUUAAAUCAACGGCAUUCUGAAACGUUCCUCAUGCUGCAUGUCAGAAUACGACCCCUUUAGCCUGCUGAUGUCCAUCAGAUGCUCUGUCUUCUUUUUUACACUAUAAAGCAACUGUUUAAACAGUCUGUGUCCUCGUGUGAUGAUCUAUCUGUUAUAUAUGUAAAAUGAUCAUACUGUAAAAUCAUACUGUUC